CCCAAAAAGCCUAUUUUUAAGAGCUACUUUUAUUCUACUCGGAAUAACUCAAAUGAAAGUUUAAUUUCGCGUGUUUGUGUUCAACAAGUGUAGGCUAUCCUUCAUGUGUAGCCUAGUCGAGUCGCUGUAGCCCAAACAGCUAUCUCUAAACAAACAAGUAAACAAACAUAUAAUUAAAUUAAUUGUUGUAAUUUUCCCUGCAUUAUCUCGCAUGUAGAAGUCAGUGUAACUGCCCGUUUGAUAUCCCUAGGCUACAUUGACGCUGCAGGAACAAAAUUGAAACGGAAAAAGUGUAUCAUUUUCUAGACAUAAAUAGGUUAGCCUACUAACUAGCAUACAUAUGGUAUUUUCCGCAGCGUAACUUGACAAAGCAAUAUAUUCUAAGUUUGAUCUUUUAGAAAGGUGCGGUGCAAGUAGGCUAUAAGAUUUAACAUUGCUUGGAUGUGAUCUGGCUAUUGACCCAAAUAGCCUCAAUUGUCGCUUCACUGUGAAAUGUUUUUCGUUUGUAAAUGAGUAUGAAGACGAGGAGACAGAAGGCUUCGGGAUUUUAAGAGAACCCUGACAUGUCCGGUCCUACCUGGCUGCCUCCGAGGACUCUGGGUAGCCCAGAGAGACCCGUCCCCCAGAUGUCCCACUCUGGACCAGCCGUGUACAGACAGCCGCUCAAAAAGGUCUCCUCGGACCCCCAGCACAAGUAUGUGGUCUAUGACCAGAACGGAGGAGGGGGAGGAGGAGGAAUGGCCACUAGGUACAUGGCUACCGGACCCACAGGUGGGCCCAUGCAGCACCAGCACCAAGAGGACCUGGGGUUUCACCCUAAAUCUAACGACCACUACUACCAACCACCUCAACACGGGCUCAAAGAAGACCACUCCUGGAUCCCUCACAUGGACAGCUACGAGCUGAUGCCCCGUGGACCUCCUGAGAAGCCGAUUGGACACCACUCCAACAUCGAUGCAGAGAUUGACUCGCUCUCCUGUAUGCUGGCCGAUCUGGACAGCCAUCCACAGAACAGCACACAGCUGUACGACAAUGUGCCUUACAACAAACACAUCUCAGGGGACCGCUACAAACCCUCAGCCCAGCCAGGAGCACCCUCUCAGGGCAGGCCGUCCAUGGGUUUCCCCCCUCACCCCCACCCCCAACCCCAGUCCCAGUACCAUCCUGCACCCCCAUACCCCAGCGAUCCCCACCAGAGUCCCCAGUACUUCCCCCAGCCAGACUACACCUACGCCCAGGUCUCCAAACCCUACCCCCAGCCUGUCCCUGCCUCCUACACUACUGCCUCCACCCCUACUGGCCCGAGGUUCAGCGUCCAGGUCAAAACAGCACAGCCUGUAACCUACUCCCAGACUGGUAGGCAAGCCGAGCAGGCUUACACCCCUCCCCCACACCGCCAGCACGCCUCGCGGCCCCUGCCCCAGAAUCAGACUGGCCCCCAGGGCUGGUACCCUCCCCACCCCGCUUCCCAAGCCCAGGAGCUGCACUCUGAGGGGGGCUACAAGGGGAGUGCUGCAGGGUCUGGAGGGAGAGCCAACCAGUGUCCCACGCCAAAUAGAGGCCCAGAGACUCACCAAUCAGGGUCAGGCUCAGCACCAAGCUCCACCUAUCAGCCCAGUAAGGGGUCAGCAGCUCCGAGGCAAGAGGAGGAGUUGGACCGGCUCACCAAGAAGUUGGUGUAUGACAUGAAUCAUCCCCCUACAGAGGAAUACUUUGGUCACUGUGCACGUUGCGGCGACAAUGUCCUUGGCGACGGCAGCGGCUGUAUCGCCAUGGAGCAGGUGUUCCACGUGGAGUGUUUCACCUGCAUCACCUGCCACGCCCGUCUCCGGGGGCAACCGUUCUACGCCCUGGACAAGAAGAGCUACUGCGAGAGCUGUUACAUUAGUACCCUAGCGCGCUGCUCCAAGUGCUCCAAGCCCAUCCUGGACCGUAUCCUGCGGGCCAUGGGCAAAGCCUACCACCCACGCUGCUUCAACUGCGUGGUGUGUGGCUGCUGCCUGGACGGAGUGCCCUUCACCGUGGACGCCACCUCCCAGAUCCACUGCAUAGACGACUUCCACAGGAAGUUUGCCCCUCGCUGUUCAGUGUGUGGCCAGGCUAUCAUGCCCGAGCCGGGCCAGGAGGAGACGGUCAGAAUAGUGGCGCUGGACCGCAGCUUCCACGUCAACUGCUAUGUGUGUGAGGAGUGUGGUCUGCUCCUGUCCUCUGAGGGUGAGGGGCGAGGCUGUUACCCCCUGGAUGGUCACAUCCUGUGUAAGGGCUGCAGCGCCCUCCGCAUCCAGGACCUCUCUGCCAAAAUCUCCACUGACUGCUAA